AUGCGCGGAAAAAUAGAAAAAGUGUAUUAUUGGACCGACUCAAGAACAGUAAUUUGCUGGUUGAACACCAAAAAGGCACUAAAGGCAUUUGUUGCAAAUAAAGUGGGUGAAAUAUUGGAGCGGUCUACGCCAACUGAUUGGAGAUGGAUUUCCACAACAGACAAUGUAGCAGAUGAAGGAACGAGAGAUACGGGACUGGGAAAUCUGCAAGGACCCGAGUUUUUACAGCGAAAUGAACGAGACUGGUGUGCAUGUUCAGAUCCCGAAGAAACGCUUGAAGCACAUCAGGAAUUUUCGGAUGAAGUGAUUGCAGUCAACAUCGUUACUGAGUUUAAUGUAGAAUUAUCAGAUGCAUUAAGGUUUAGCAGUUGGAAAAGGCUGAUACGUGCAACUGCAUAUUUCUACAAAUUUAUCGAAGUUUGGCAAAAGAGGGACAAGUUACCAUUAACACCGGACGAUGAAGAAGCAGCGGUUAAACGUUGGAUAAAGUUUCUACAGAAUGAACAAUACUCAGAGGAAAUUAAAGCAUUACGAAAUAACAGUCAACUGAAGCAGUCAAGUAAAUUAGUCAAGUUAUCUCCAAUUUUAGAUGUUGAUGGAAUCAUGCGGGCGGGUGGUAGAUUAAUGAAUGCGAAAACCGAUGCGGCAACGAGAAAUCCCAUAAUCCUGGACGGAAAUAGUUAUGUUGUAAGGUUGUUAGUGUUCCAUUAUCACUGCCGGGCUAACCAUUCUGGUAGAGAGCUUGUUUUGAAUGAACUGAGACAGAAUUACUGGAUCGUUAGGGUUAGGAGCGUACUUCGUACGGUAAUUUAUAACUGUCAACAUUGUAGAAAGAUGAAACCUCAAGUAUUGCAACCUGCGAUGGGCCAACUCCCCGAUUGUCGCCUUCAAUCAUACUGUCCACCAUUUUCGUACUGUGGUAUGGACUAUUUUGGCCCAUUUGAGGUCACUGUUGGGCGUCACAGAGAGAAAAGAUAUGGCGUAAUAUUUACGUGUAUGACAACUCGGGCCAUACACGUUGAGAUGGCACAUUCUUUAACUACAGACUCGUGCAUUUUGGCGCUCCGUCGUAUGAUCACCAGACGUCGUAAACCAGAGGAAAUUUAUUCCGAUAAUGGAACGAACCUACGAGGAGCAGAUCGAGAACUGAGAGAAGCUUUAGAUCACCUGAGUUUCUCGGAUAUUAAAGAUGCAGUACUACUUCGUGGAAUCAAAUGGAAAUUUAAUCCUCCCGCAGCGAGCCACAUGGGAGGCGCAUGGGAGCGGUUGAUAAGGAGCAUCCGAACCGCUUUGAGAGAGACCCUCAAUGAACGAGCCCCGCGACAGGAGGUAUUGGAAACGGUGUUAGCUGAAGCUGAACAUCUAGUUAACACCAGACCGUUGACGUAUGUCUCUGCCGACGUAAACGAUCCAGAAGCUUUAACCCCGAACCACAUUUUGACUGGUGCUACGAGCAAUGUACAAUCACCUGGAGUGUUUGACCAACAUGACCUCGAUUGGGGAAAGCAAUGGCGAAAGGCACAAGCACUAAUUGAUUUGUUCUGGACACGAUGGCUUAAGGAAUAUUUGCCAACCUUGAUUCCUAAACAGAAGUGGACAGAGCAACGAUGUGAUUUAAAUCCAGGUGAUAUUGUUUAUAUAACAGAUAUGCUUAACGAACGCGGAAGGUGGCCGAUGGGUUUGAUUGAACAGUGUUAUCCGGGGCAAGAUGAUAUAGUUAGAGUGGUUGAUGUGAAGACAUGCUCGGGGAUCUAUCGACGGCCAACUACCAAACUGAGAAAGAUCCGUGUGGAAGGCAGUGAGCGACCGUGA